GGGGCUUAGCCGCGCGGUGACGUCACGGGAGGCGCCCGGCGGAGGCGAAACCUCUUUUUGAAUCUAGUUGGCGGGAGUCGCGGGUGCGGUGCGAACCGUACGGCUAUGGAGUCCACCUCAGGGAGUGAGGAGAAUGAAGGAGGCGCGGCGACAGAAGAGUGCGUGAACAGAAUCCCGGUGCCGAGACCACCCUCCAUUGAGGAGUUCACCAUAGUGAAGCCCAUUAGCCGGGGUGCAUUCGGGAAAGUGUACCUGGGACAGAAAGGCGGCAAGUUGUACGCGGUGAAGGUUGUUAAAAAAGCAGACAUGAUCAAUAAAAAUAUGACUCAUCAGGUACAAGCUGAGAGAGAUGCACUGGCACUGAGCAAAAGCCCUUUCGUUGUGCAUCUGUAUUACUCUCUGCAGUCAGCAAGCAAUGUCUACUUGGUAAUGGAAUAUCUUAUAGGUGGAGAUGUCAAGUCUCUCCUACAUAUAUAUGGUUAUUUUGAUGAAGAGAUGGCUAUAAAAUAUAUUUCUGAAGUAGCAUUGGCUUUAGACUACCUGCAUAGACAUGGAAUCAUCCAUAGGGAUUUGAAACCAGAUAAUAUGCUUAUUUCCAAUGAGGGUCAUAUUAAGCUGACGGAUUUUGGCCUUUCCAAAGUCACUCUGAAUAGAGAUAUCAAUAUGAUGGAUAUUCUUACAACACCAUCAAUGGCUAAACCUAAGCAAGAUUAUUCACGAACUCCAGGACAAGUCUUAUCUCUCAUCAGUUCUUUGGGAUUUUUCACACCAGUUGGAGAAAAAGAUGAAGACUCUGCAACCAUGUUUUCAGCCCCUACGUCUGAAGCACCUCAAGGAUUAAUUUGCCCUAUGUCCACAGAUCAGAAGGAGCCUACUUCUCAUUCUAGCAGACUACUAAAGUCAUACCUUGAAAGACUUGCAUCCAAUCCAGAAAUACCUGUGAAAUGCCUGACUUCCAAUCUGCUCCAGUGCAGGAAAAGACUGGGUACCUCAAGCACUAGUAGUCAGUCUCAUACUUUCGUGUCCAGUGUGGAGUCAGAAUGCCACAGCAGUCCCAAAUGGGAACAAGACUGCCAGGAAAGUACCAAGUCAUCGGGCUGCAAGAUGAUGAGCUGGAAUGCAGUUGAAAAGCUUUAUGCAAAAUCUACAAAUGCUAUUGAGACAAAAACAGAUCUUGAAUUAGCACUUUCUCCCAUUCAUGACAGCAGUACCAUUCCUGCCAUUGGAAGCAACCAUGUGAACCUCCCUAGAAAAUGCUUUUCUGAGGACAUCUCUUGGGAAACAAAAGAACUAGAUAAAAAUAAUGAGAACAUGACCAUUGACAUGAAACAGUCUAUUUUCCAUCAAUCUAAGCAGUGGGCUAUAAAAUCUAGUGGUAUGUCUGAAGAACACCUUGGUAAAAGAAGUUAUAAAAGAAAUUUCCAAUUGGUUGACUCUAGUCCUUGUCGGGAAAUUAUACAAAGUAAGAAAAACUGUAUAGAAUAUAAGCAUAGUAAGGAAAUGAUCGAUUGCUAUGCAAAUCAAAAUACAGGCAUGACAGCUGAAGUCCAGAAUCUUAGGCUGUCAGGAUACAGAAGUCAGCAAAAUGACUGUGCUAAUAAGGAGAACAUUGUCACCUAUUUUACUGAUAAACAAACCCCAGAAGAAUUACAUAUACCAAUGAUAGCAAAAAACCUAAUGUCUGAAUUAGAUGAAGAUUGUGAGAUGACUAGUAAAAAAGACUGCCUAAAUUCUAAUUUCCUAUAUUCUGAUGAGGAUAGAGCUCCUCAAACUGUCUGUGUGGAUUCAGAUUCAUCUUUUCCUGGAAUUUCUAUGAUGGAAAGUUCACUAGAAAUUCAGUCCUCAGAACCAGAUAAAAGCAACAAAGAAUGCUCUUUUGAAGAAUCAAAGAUUGAAGAUGUAUUAUCAAAGUACCAAGAAAACUCCUUGCCAAAAGAUGAUUGGCAUACUUCUAUCCAAGAUAAUAGCCAAAUGUUAGCUCCUUCUUCAAGGGUGUUGAAACCAUUAACCUCUAAAACAAAUGUCGUAGCUUUUCGAAGCUUUAACAGUCAUAUUAAUGCAUCCAAUAAUUCAGAACCAUCCAAGAUGAGCGUAAGUUCUUUAGAAGCUAUGGACAUUUCCUAUGAUUUCCAUGGCUCAUAUCCCAUGGCUGUGACCCCUACUAAAAAAGGAAGAUCCUGUAUGUCACAUCAGACUCCAAAUCAGCUCAAAUUGGGAACAUCAUACAGAACUCCAAAGAGUGUGAGAAGAGGGGCAGCCCCAGUGGAUGACAGACGAAUUCUAGGAACUCCAGAUUACCUGGCACCUGAGCUCUUACUGGGUACAGCCCACGGUCCUGCAGUAGACUGGUGGGCACUUGGAGUCUGCUUAUUUGAAUUUCUAACUGGAAUUCCCCCUUUUAAUGAUGAAACUCCACAACAAGUAUUCCAGAAUAUUUUAAAGAGAGAUAUUCCCUGGCCAGAAGGUGAAGAAAAGUUAUCUGAUCAUGCUCAAAGUGCAAUAGAAAUACUUUUAACCAUUGAUGAUACAAAGAGAGCUGGAAUGAAAGAGCUGAAACGUCAUCCUCUCUUCAGUGAAGUGGACUGGGAAAAUCUGCAACAUCAAACGAUGCCUUUCGUACCCCAACCAGAUGACGAAACAGAUACAUCCUAUUUUGAAGCCAGGAAUAAUGCUCAGCAUCUGACCAUAUCUGGGUUUAGUCUGUAGAACAUACAUGCCAUUUUUAUCUAACCUUGUGACAUAGAAUUAAGUUUUGCAAUAAUAUGUUCCUUAAUACUAAAUUAUCUAACAUGAUAUGUCA